AUGAGGCCUAUUUUGCUUUCGGGCCAUGAACGGUCCCUCAACCAGAUCAAAUUCAACCGCGAUGGCGACCUUUUGUUUUCUGUAGCGAAGGAUAAGAUUGUGUGCGCUUGGUGGUCGGCUAACGGCGAGCGACUCGGUACCUAUAACGGACACCAGGGUGCUAUCUGGACCGUCGAUGUGAGCCCCAACACCAUUAUCCUGGCCACCGGAUCGGCCGACAACACCGUGCGACUAUGGAACGUGAAGACGGGCGAGUGUAUCAAGGUGUGGGAUUUCCCUACGGCUGUCAAGCGGGUCGAAUUCACUCCGGAUGGAAGCAGGCUGCUGGCUGUCACAGAGAAGCGUAUGGGCUUCUUGGGUACCAUCGCCGUGCUCGAUAUCAACUAUGAGGAUUUGGAUGCUCAGGCCGAAGAACCCAGCUUGAGGAUCACCUGCACAGAGAGCAAGGCAACAGUUGCGGGCUGGAGUUAUUUGGGCAAGUACAUCAUUGCUGGUCACGAGGACGGUAGCGUCAGCCAGUACGAUUCGAAGACCGGUGAGCAGCUGGAGAACGUUCAGGCACACGAGUUCGACAGCUUGAUCAGCGAUAUUCAAUUCUCCGCAGACCGCACAUAUUUCAUCACCGCUUCCAAAGACAAGUCCGCCAAGCUCAUUUCCAGCCGUAACCUCGCCAUCCUCAAGACCUAUGUUGCCGACACUCCCCUCAACAGCGCUACUAUUACUCCCAAGAAGGAAUACGUGAUCCUGGGUGGUGGUCAGGCUGCCAUGGAUGUCACUACUACCUCCGCUCGUCAGGGUAAAUUCGAGGCUCGUUUCUACCACAAGGUCUUCGAAGACGAGAUUGGCCGUGUCCGUGGCCACUUCGGUCCCCUCAACACUGUCGCUGUCCACCCUGCCGGUACCGCCUACGCCUCUGGUGGUGAGGACGGUUACGUUCGUGUUCACCACUUCGACAAGCCCUACUUUGAUUUCAUGUAUGAAGUGGAGAGGGAGCAGCUGCGCAAAUAA